CGUGCGAAAACUAGAAGCACCGAUACGAUUUGUGAGGAUUUACCAGUAAGACCGUCGAAAAAUCCACCAAAAAAGAAAAAGGGAAAGAAAUGAUUUUUCUAUUUGUUUACUUUCAUCGCUUGUGCUUUGUUUACGCGUUAUACUUCUCCGCAACGACUCAUGUUUCAUGAAACAUAGAAUCAACCUUAUUUCAAACAUUUUGUGCAGUAGUAUGAACCUUUAUGCUUAGUCCUGAAACCUUCUCCAUGGUCUGUACGUUUGUUAUUAGGAGGAGGAAGGUUAAGGAGCUCGAUCAAGAAUCUAAAGGCAGGACAAGAUCCAAUUACGGGUUCCGGUAAACACCAAGCACAGGCACAUUGGAAGCACGGACACCUUGAAAAACUUUAGCGUGGAAACGUUCGUAAAAAUGAAAAUUAAUGAAUUUUGAUUGGUAAACGUAAGCAUGGACCGCGUCUUUAUUUUAUUAGCGAUUAAUGCGCUUUUACGUUGCUCUUCCUCUGACUUCCCACCAUCCUCUUACGUGGCAAAAGCGUGAGUAUGGAUUGCUGGAUGGGACCACCGACAAGGCAACAAGACAAAGACAGACAUUGAACUGUGGAAUGGAGGCAGCAGCGUUUGUAGAGAAAUGCAAAGGAGUGAUGUCAUUAUCUUGGUUUAUCGGAUCCGACUUUUUCUUUCUUAUGCUUUAUACGGGAGUGCAAUGGAAUCCGAAGAGGAACGGAAACAUGAAAAAUAAUCCAUGGGUUCCUUGGGUGAUGAAAUAAAAAACGGAAAACUUAUCUAUAGUAAGUGAUGCUUCUUUGGUAUAGUAAUCUGAUGUUCCUAUUUCCAAGCUUUCAAUCCUGUACUUAGAAAGCACCGUAAAUAAAUAUAAAUAUAAAUAUCCGUAUUUUGUUUUACAUAUUGGAACCAGAAAUUUCUUAGGGCACAAAAGAAAAGCAUGUCGUUGAUUCUCGAUGCAACAUCUACCCUGUGAAUGAUUCGUGAAUCCUUUGUGGAUCCUUUGCUGCUCUUGACUAAAGAAUUGCAAGAGCACCACCACAAGUGGCCUAUGACUUCUUCUUAGCAAUAGAUGAUCUGCAUUGAUGGCCUUGAUCAGAUAACCGCUUCCAUUGAUUGGAGCAUGACGCAAAACCC